AACCUCGAUCCCGACCAACAAAAAGCGAGCGUGCGACGUCGCAAUGGCGCGCCUCGCGUUUGCGGCACUUUUCGGGGCUGCUCUGUGCUGGGCCGAAGAGCCUCUCGCGGAUGCGUGCAAGGAGGACGGAGGUUUGGGCAUGCUGCAGAGCUCGGCCCAUGCGCGCUCGGGCGCCGCGCGCUUGUCCGCGGAGCGUCUUCGCUCGGAGCGCAAUGAAUUUUGCGAUGCCUCCUUCGUGCCGCCCAGCGGGGAGGUGCGCUGCAAAUGGCCCACCGCAGGCUUCACCUGCGUGAACUGGGACCAGGUGGUGCGCUGGCUGCUGCCGUUGGGUGAAGACUACCAGGGCUGGUGGCUGCUAUGCCUGCUGCUGCCCUUGCAGGUGAUGGCAGCCUACCUCGCGGUGCCAGGCGGCGCCGCCUCCGCGAGGAGCUCUGAGUGUCAGGUGCGCUUCUGGUGCGAAGACCUGCCGGCGCAUCGGUCGUUGUGGUUGGCCAUGGGCAGCGCCACGCUGUGGCUCAGCGCCUUCUUGGACUUCCCCACCUACGAGAAGGCCCUCCCCAGCAUGAAGCUACCAGUGCCCUUCUGCCUGACGUUUUUCCCCGGGGCUCUAUGCAUGCUGGCAACGGCGGCGAUAAAAACCACGAGGCGCAAGUCGGCCUGGCAUGUCGCGUCCAUUGUAACCAUGCUGCCGGCCACGGUGGUGUAUAUCAUUCAUGAGAGGCAAUUUACCGCACUGGACAGCUCGGGGCAUCGCUACCUCGUGGUCUCCUGGGUCUUUUGUGGGAUUUGCCUGGCUCUCCUGGCGAUGCUGAGGGCGCCUGAGGCCUUGGUCUCCUCCUGGCUGAGGAAGUACGCCAUGCUGGUGUGCUGCUUGUCCUACAUCAACGGGGGCAUCUCCAAGGUUCUGAACAGCAAGCCGCUGUUUCGGUGGCUGGACGGGGAGACCUUGCGGCUGUACACGGAUUGCAUCGCCCAGGUCAACCGCUGGAACGGGAUUCCCUACCCUUGGCUCACCAGACAGGUGACCCAGAACCGCGUCUGGUCUCAGCUCUUCUGCUGGGCGAAUUUGCUGCUGGAGCUGCCGCUGUGCUUCCUGGCGCUCCUGGGCGCGGGGGGCUUCGGCACCUUCGGCCUCGUGCGAAUGCUGUGGUGUUCGACCGCCUGCAGCUUCCACUUCGGGGUGAACUUGUUGUGGGGCCGGCACCAGGCCAGCUUGUACAACUACGAGGCCCUGGUGGUGCUGGUGUUGGUGGUGGACAUCUUCGGGCACGUGGCUGCGCUUUUACCCAAGGUCCAAAAAUCUGGCAACGACCCCCCGGAGGCAACCGCGGAGACGCCGGAGACGCCGGAGACGCCGGAGACGCCGGAGACGCCAGAGGUGCCGACUUCAGGAGCCUUGACGGCCCUGGCCUGGCUGUGCAGCGGGGCCCUGUUUGCCUGGCAGCUGGUGGCGUUUUUGUACCACUUCGGGGACCCCAAGUGGCCCAUCACGGCGGUGCCCAUGUUCUCCAUGACAUGCAGCAUUAUCCACUGCGAUGAGGAAUUCCGACAAAGCACUUACCAACUCUCAACGCUCUUGGCCAUCUUGCUCAGCCUCCUGGGGACCUCCAUCGUGUUCCUGCGGCCCGCCUCUUCUGCCCCAGGCGAGAAGCCUGGACUCAAGGCCUAAAUUUUCAGCGCUGAUUCGCCUCGGGGAGGAGAAAGAACUUGUUUCCGACGUCCUUUGACAGGAUCCGCUUUGAAUUUGCGACUGCGCGUUCCACUGCAAAAUGGCCGCGCGAUCGCAUUUCGCACUGAUCUUGGGG